UCCUUCGACGAAGGGACGGAGUGAAAGAAGCGGUGACUCACUUUACCAAAAAAAGAAAAAAGGUAGCGGUGACUCACUUGUCAGAGAUAAGGUCACACGACUGCCCAAACAUACGGGGGAAGGAAGCAAGCAAGCAAAGCCAUGGAAGCGAAGCUUUCUAGAGUUUCGCAGACCCUAACCCCUUCUCCCAUCCAAGAGCUCUCCCAUCUUGCCCAGAGAUGCGGCGCCAUCAAUCUCGCCGAGGGAUUCCCCGAUUUCCCCGCCCCUCCCCACGUCAAGGAGGCCGCCAUCUCCGCCAUUAAUGCCGAUCUCAAUCAAUACAGGCAUGUGCAAGGUAUUUGUGACCUCUUGGCAGCAACUAUGAGACAAAAUUAUGGUCUUGAGGUAAAUCCUCUUACAGAUGUAGUAAUAUGCUGUGGCCAGUCUGAGGCAUUUGCAGCAGCGAUAUUUGCAACAAUUAACCAGGGUGAUGAAGUAUUGUUGUUUGAUCCUGCUUAUGAAACAUAUGAAUCAUGCAUCGCUUUAGCUGGAGGAAUUCCUGUCUAUGUGCCAUUGGAUCCACCUUACUGGACUCUGAAUGUUGACAAACUCAUGAAAUCUUUUACCAGUCGAACAAAAGCUGUGGUUUUGAACAGAUUGGUGCAAAAAAAACUAAUUGACAUUGGCACAGUCCUCACAAUCCAACUGGAAAAGUUUUCAGUAAGGAAGAACUUCAGGCCAUUGCUGGAGCUUGCUGCAAAAUGGACUGCAUUGCUAUUACAGACGAAGUAUAUGAGUAUAUAACUUUUGACAUGCAAAAGCACAUAUCCAUUGCCACACUUCCUUGCAUGCAAGAAAGGACCAUUAUUACAUCAUCCUUGUCUAAAACUUUCAGCGUCACAG